UUGUGAUGUACUUUAACCUACCAUCUCCUCUGAGUUCUCAUUCUGGUGGCAGGCUGUUUGGUGCACUGCCGAGACUCCUUCAGCUGAACUGACCGCCCACGACUCCCAGUUCACCAUGUCGAGGAAGGUUGUGAGGUCCAGUAAGUUCCGUCACGUCUUCGGCCAGGCUGUGAAGGCCGACCAAUGCUACGAUGACAUACGAAUCUCCCAGAUGACGUGGGACAGCCUCUUCUGCUCCGUCAACCCCAAGUUUGUGGCCAUGAUCGUGGACGCCAGCGGUGGAGGAGCCUUCAUCGUGUUGCCCCUGACCAAGACGGGACGUAUCGACAUGUCCUACCCCACUGUGUGCGGCCACACGGGACCGGUCCUGGACAUCGAGUUCUGUCCUCAUAAUGACAACAUCAUCGCGAGUGGCUCUGAGGACUGCAGUGUCAUGAUUUGGGAGAUCCCAGAUGGUGGGCUGACAACGCCUCUCACAGAGCCGGUGGUUAAGCUGGAUGGACACUCCAAACGUGUGGGCAUCCUGAGCUGGCACCCCACCGCUCACAACGUGCUGAUGAGUGCAGGCUGUGAUAACGUGGUGAUCCUGUGGAACGUGGCUCGUGGGGAGGAGAUGGUGAGGAUCGACAGCGUGCACACUGACAUGAUCUACAGCGCCUGCUGGAACAAUGACGGCUCCCAGAUUCUCACCUCCUGCAAGGACAAGACCAUGCGGGUGCUGGACCCCCGUAAGGGCACCGUACUCCUUGAGAAGGAGAAGCCUCAUGAGGGCUCCCGGCCUGUCAGGGCGGUGUUUGUGUCACACGGGAAGAUCCUCACUACCGGCUUCAGUCGCAUGAGUGAGAGGCAGGUGGCGCUGUGGGACCCAAAAAACUUUAAAGAGCCGCUGACCCUGCAGGAAUUGGACACCAGCAGCGGCGUUCUUCUGCCUUUCUUUGACCCAGACACCGGAGUCGUCUACCUCUGUGGCAAGGGAGACAGCAGCAUCCGUUACUUUGAGGUGACGGAUGAAGCGCCUUAUGUCCACUACCUGUCCAUGUACAGCAGCAAGGAGAGCCAGAAGGGCGUGGGUUACAUGCCCAAGAGGGGCCUGGAGGUCAACAAAUGUGAAAUAGCCAGGUUCUACAAACUCCAUGAGAGGAAAUGUGAGCCCAUCAUCAUGACGGUGCCACGCAAGUCCGAUCUGUUCCAGGAGGAUCUGUACCCAGACACAAUCGGUCCUGAGCCCUCAGUAGAAGCCGACGAGUGGUUUCAGGGGAAAGAUGGUCAGCCUAUUCUGAUCUCUCUAAAGGACGGGUUUGUAGCAACAACCAAAGCCAAGGAGUUCAAAGUCCACAAGAGUCUCCUGAAGACCACGACUACUUCUGCUGGGAAUCAACAGGGAUCCAGCGGGGAGGUGCAGUCCUUGAAACAGGAGGUGAAAGACCUGAAAGCAGCGUUAGAGGAGCUGACAAAGCGUGUGAGUGAGCUGGAGAGCAAGCAUUAAAAGAUCUGUGUUAACAACAAGAGAUAAAAAAAAAACACCCGAGCCAUGGCAGAGGAGACGGCUGCUCUCCUCUAACUUCUGAUUGCAUUGAGACAAAGGGAGACAUUUCAGACAAAUAUGUUACUUCAUUUUACUUAAGCUUUAAGCUUGAUUUUUUUUAUUUGGGUUGUCUGGUCAGUUUGAAAAGAAAUGGUUUGAUAUAUGUUUUUAGUUUGAAAUAAAGUCUUCUGUAUUUUGGAGAAAAAAAA